AUGCCACCCAUGGCUCCAAUGCUCAAUGAGCCACAUGUCUUGAACCAAAUUAUUAUCUCACCCUCUGACACAGACUAUCUGGACCAGCUCAUUCCCUCAAUCAGAGACUACAGUGUUGGGAACCGCACUCCACAACUCCUGCAGUCACUGUCCCGGUUCGCGGGCGACAAGGAGUCCGAGAUCGAAAGUAUAUGCAACACAAAUCACCAGGAGUUUGUCUCAUCUGUCAAUUCACUCCUUCGGAUUAGAGAGGGGACAGUAAGCUUGACAGGAGAAAUUCUGGACUUGAAUCAAUCUAUUCAAACCAGUACCGAACGUCUAGCCGAGCAGAAGAAAGCACUAGUGGAGUCGCGUGGCCACCGACAGAACAUCGAUGAGACCAGUCGCGCCAUUCAGGAUUGCUUGGAGGUAUUGCGUCUAGCCAACCAAGUCCAUGACCUCUUGGCAAAGAAGAACCACUACGCAGCGCUGCGGGCGCUGGAGGAAUUGCAAAAUGUCCAUCUGAAGGGGGUGACACAAUACAAGAUUGCAGUCAUGAUACAACGCUCAGUUCCAGCGACACAGAGGGCCAUUGCGGAAGCAGUGAUGUCAGAUCUCAACACCUGGCUUUACCGCAUCCGAGAAAUGUCUCAAUACCUCGGGGAAAUUGCGCUUUUCCACACAGACCAGCGGAAAACAAGACAAAAACAAAGAGCGCAAAAAAUCCCUUACCUGGAACACUUCAAUUUGAACUCUGCGAUCGAACUGGUGUCUGAUGAAGAUGAAGAGUAUGACCUGCUCCAGAAUGAAGACCUGCAAGUCGACUUCACACCGCUGUUCGAGUGCUUGCAUAUCCAUCAAUCUUUGGGACAUAUGGAUAAAUUCCGAAUUGAAUACGCGACCACCCGUCGAAGACAAAAAGAGCUCUUGCUUCCGUCUUCCAUCACCCUUGUUGAUGAAGAUGGUUCUAGUCUGCACAAUCUCUUGGAAGAGAUGGCUGGAUUUGCCAUUGUCGAACGGGCCACAAUGAAAAGAGCCCCCGAUCUCAGGUCAUCUGUCGACAUUGAUGAGCUGUGGGACUCGAUGUGCCAAGCGGCUGUAGUGUUAAUAUCGAAAGCACUUCAUGAAGUUGACAACGCUGAGAGCAUUCUCAACAUCAAGAAUCUGAUUGCUCUGUUCAUGCAGACGAUGAAUACGUGGAACUUCCCCGUGCGGGUCUUUGAUGACUUCUUGCUGACACUCUUUGGCAAAUAUGCCGAACUUCUGAAGAAGAGAUUCAGUGAUGAUUUCCAGGAGAUUGUAUCAACGGAUGAUUAUAUGCCCAUGCCCAUACAGACCCAAGAGGAGCAUGACAAGGUCCUCAACGUCAGCUGGUACAGCCCCGAACAACCACGUGAGGAGCAAGUAUUCCCAUGCAUCCUACCAUUUUCCCGAAUGUAUCCUCUGUGUUGCAUUGACAUCCGCAAUUUCCUGAACCAGUUCUAUUUCUUCGCAAAUGAUGGUUUCGCAAAUACAAAUGUGAUUGAUGAGACACUGAAGAAUGAUCUGGAUGACCUCCUUUCACAAAAAGUCUGUGAUACUUUAGUAGAGCGUCUUUCCUCACAAUAUCUAGGCCAAAUCGUUCAGAUUCUUAUUAACCUGGAACACUUCGAGCUAGCUUGCCGCGAGCUGGAACUCUUAUUGGCAGCAGCCCGAUCACAGAAUUCCACCGGCACCUCAAUCGCGUUGAGGGCUACUGAAAAGUUCAAAAGCAACAAGAAGGCAGCUGAGAAGCGUAUCUUCGAGGUAGUCAAUUCCAAAAUCGAUGACCUUAUCGAGACAGCAGAGUACGAGUGGAUGUCCCCUACACCUCCCACAGAGCCGAGCAAUUACAUGCAAACCUUGACUCGAUUUUUGUCCAACAUCAUGAACUCCACAUUGUUGGGUUUGCCGACGGAAAUCAAAGAGCUCAUCUACUUUGAUGCCCUUAGCCAUGCUGCUAACAUGAUUUUGGCGCAACCACUGUCCCCAGAUGUGAAGAAAAUCAACCCCAACGGAGUGGCAGCAUUGGCAAAAGAUGUGGAAUAUCUUGCCGAAUUUGUGGAUAGCUUAAAUGUCCCAAUUCUUCGCGAGAACCUCGACGAGUUACAGCAAACCGUACAGUUGAUGCAAGCGGACAGCGCAGAUGAGUUUUAUGACAUUUCCACGAGGAACAAGAAAUAUGGACGCGUUGAUGCCAUGCAAGGGCCCAUUUUGCUUGAAAAGCUUACACGGAGUGUUCAAGCCCCUACUAAGGUGGAUAAGUUUGCGACUCUUUCAUCCCGCUUCAAGAAGACUGGAUAA